AUGUCUUACUCACACAUGGCGCCGCCGAUUCCAGCGCAGAAGCCACCGAGCCCAUACCCGCCAUACAACCCGAAUCAUGCCGGAUCACCCACAAAUCAGUCGCCGUACGCGCCGCCUCCAGCAAAGCGACAGAGAUUAUCUCCUGGGCCCAUGUCGCCUCAAAAUGGUUCUCCGGCAUAUGCGAAUAGUCCAAACGGACUGCCGGGCGCUGGAUCAUAUGGUAAUCCAUACGCGAGUCAGGCAGUGCAAUCACCGUACAGUCCAGCGUCGUAUGCCGGUUCUCCACAGAACUCGUUCAACACUCCUCAAGCGUAUCACCCUCCACAACAGCAGAUGCAAUGGCAGCAGCCUCAGAGUCAGCAGCGACCAAUACAGACCAGUCCAGGUCCCUCGACCGGAUCUUCCAUGAUGCCUCCUCCACCGAGACCGAACAAAGAGGAAAAGGACGAGAAAGUGGGAGUGGAGGAUAUCGGAGACAGCCUUUUUGGAAGCGGCAUCAAUCUCAAGGACGAGGAGAAUUAUUUGCACAACACAUGGAAUAACAGACAUGGUGCGAACGAUAGCUUUGCCACGGCACAGUCUACAUCAUUCGGUUCAAGUACUCUCAGCGGGAACAACAGCUUCAACAUGCUCACACAGGGCACUUCAUUUGGCAGUCAAGGACAGAACGGAGCGAUGGCUGGCACGCUGGGCCAAGCACAGUCUCAAGAGCAGAUUGAAGAAGAGACCAUUCGCAAGCGAGGCGAGGCUGCGCGGGCGAAAGCCACUCGGGAGCAACAUCACUUGAACAACCAGUUUCUCCUCGGCAACUGCGUCAGGAAUCGCAUGCAUCUGCGCGCAUCGGAGAACGCAGUGAAGUUGGACACAAGUGGAGUAUACGUCCGGAAUCCAGGACCGAUGCAGACUCAGGUGAUGAUGAAUGGUGCAUCGACGGAAGGAGUCGCGGAGGUCAAACCCGAGAGCAUGAUAGACGCGGGAGUGGCAUAUGAUUCCAUUCUUUCGCUUAUCAGUCUUGCCGCAGGUGAGAGGUUGAGAGGCUUGAUUGAUGACGCUUAUGGUCUUGCACGUGCCCGACGAUAUGGCGAUCACGGCCGGGUGGUUCCGCCAGAGUUUGCAGACAUCGCUAUGGGUGAAGGCGAGGCGACCCAGGAGACAGUCGUUUCUGAGAAUGUUACAGGUUCGCAGUGGGAGAAGACGAAUGGCCAGCCACCGGUUGAAAAUGGCGAGGUGGUGGCGAACGGCGGCAAGGAAGCUUCAGUGCCAGUUCAAACCGUGUCUUUCCAAGGCUCACUGAACGCUCGACUGCGCGAGCUUGCCGAGAAGGACAAGCGCGCCGAAACGGAGCGGACGAAGAAGCGCGAAGCCCGGCGGAAAGAAGCCGCUGCGGCCGAGCCUGCCGAUGGCACUAUGGCCGCGGAACCGUCGCAGGAAAUGCUCGCAGCGGCGGCUGCCACUGAGAAGAUCACGAAGAAGGAGCUUGCCAAGAAAGCGAAAGAGGCCACAGGAACUGGAGCGCAGACAUUGCAGAAUUCCAACCAGACCGCUGCGAUGAUGGCUCUGGGUAGCAAGACGAAGAAGUUCUCAUGGAUGACUGGUGGCGUCAGCAACAUGCCUACCAAUCGAUUCGCCAAGCAAACUCCUGCAGCGAGCGGUACGGCGACGCCCAAGGUCGAGAGUGCUCCGAGUGGAGCUUCAGCUGCUGCGACUCCCGCGCCCAAGGUUGAGAAAGUGCCGACCUGGGGCGACUGGAGGGAGGAUGAGGUCACCGGCAAGGCCAUCCAUCUACGCGAUUGGAUCUGUGUUCUGGAUCGAGAUGGCCGGGAGAAGAAAGCGCUGCAGAAGGCCCUGAACAAGUUGUCGUAA